AGUAGUUUUGCGAAGCCAGCCGGUGCGAGCCACACGCUCCGUCGGCCAUCGGUCAGCCGCGUUUCCAGCUCUCUCCCACCCCUAUAAGGCCUGAGCAGCCAUAGAGCCAGCUCAGGCGCACGCCCAGCCAUCGGCGACCCCAGCCAAAGAGAGGUCUCUUAAACCAAAACACAAAAAUGCGCCUCACCGUCACGGACCACACGCGGGGCGACGCGAAAGAAGUCCGGGCCGAGGUCGCGACGACGCAGUUGGGCGCCGUCGUCGAGAAGGCAUUACAGGCGACGUACGGCGCGGGCAAAGCCCCGCCGCUCUGCUCCAUCACCGCGACGGUCAACGGCGUUACUAAAGCCUUCGAUACCAUUAUAGAAGAAAAAGACUCCAUAGACGUCCACCCGCUCCUCGCGCCCGGCGGUCCACUAGUUGUCCUAUUGGCGGACGAGUCCGGUGCCGUUUUUGCCACAGCGGUCCAAGAAGUCCCCGAAGGCGAAGCCUCAAGGGACUUCUUCGAGUCCGUCGUUCUGUUCGCCGUGGACAUGGCCUUUUCGAAGCAUGCGGCCGCGCAGGGCUGGGCGUCGGAGCCGGUGCUACGAGGCAUCUCCAAAGGCUCAUAUAGGAUGGAGCUCCAGGUCUGUCUCGAGGACAACUUGCCGUCCGAUUGUACCGGAAAAGCCGCCUGCCAGGCCGUGGAAGGGAACACUUUUACACCGAUGGCCUAUCAAACAAUCACGCUCGAAGACACACUAGAGCAGGUCUGUCGCAAAGCCUUUGCGAGCAGGCAUGGAGCGUGCUGCUGCAUCCGGUGCGACCUGCGCGGGUUCCGGGCACCGGCGGCCACGGAAGUGGUCGUCGCUCUGUCGAUCACGGGACGGCCCGAGCCCGCCAUCACGGCCAAAUUACUCGAUGCGGAUCUAGCGGGAGUCGCUUCGAGAGACGUCCUGCGGAAGAUCCUGAAAACCCGCUUUUUGGAAGCCGAAAAACCCGCGAAUUACGAAUUUGAUCUCCAGCCGGCGUCGGCGCUGGAUUUGUUGUUUGGCCAGGCGAACCACGUCAAGGAGGGUACGGUAGAUAGGUUGCUGGACGCGCCGGAUGUGGUCUUAAAGUGUCGCGCGACGGACGCGGCGGCACCGUGUGGAGCUUUUCUAGACGCUUCGUUAGAUGACCCGUUGCCCGUCGCGCCGUCGUUACCUCCCUCCUCGACGUUGUGUGCGCAAUCUCGACGAGGCGGCUCCAUCACUCGGUUAAGGCACAAGCGCGUCGACUGUCGCGUCGAGAGCUACCUCCCCGAGGACGAAAGGCCGGCGGAAGAGAUGAACGCAGCUAUUUCUCGAGGACAACAACAAGCGAAAUUAGCACCUCUGUCCAAAACGCCGGUUCAGAAGACGCCCAGGGAGGUCCUUGUGCUGUUGCGGGACCGAGACGGCGCCUUGGCGUAUGAAGCUUUUCCUUUACAACAAAAAGGCUCCAUACCAGCGGUCGUCCUAGCGGAGGAAGCUCUGGCCGAAUUCAGGAGGGCCAACAACCUCGCUGAGUCCAAUGAGCGCCUGACGGGCCUGAAGUGUUGCGUGGGACCGCCGGGCAUUGAGAACGACGCUACUACUAUUAUUGAUACGUUCUUGGAGACGGCGAAACCACUACAAUCAUCGAAGGAGAUGGACCCUCGAGAAUCCUUAGAUGCGGUGCUCCGACGGAACGUAGAGAUGAGUCGGGACGCCUUCGAUAAGACCGGGAGACGAUAUGCCGUGUUGUGGUGCGCGUCCCCGAGACAGUUAGUUUCCAGUUGCACGGUGCAGCUCCGAGUCGUCGCGCAGCGCAAGGUGGCUUUUUCGAUGCAGCGGCGCUGGCGCGGCGUCGACGUGCUGGCCAUGGAGACGUCACAAGUCGUGAAACGCGUCGUGAGCGGCUUGGAGGAUGAGAAGCCCUUCGAGCGGUGGGCGCCGGCCUACACGCCGUCGGUCGCCGACGUCGAGGCCUGGUUCGCGUCCGGGAACUCCGUCUACGUGUCUCUGACUGCUUCUGAUUCGACCUUAUCGACGCGACCUUGCAGGAACGGCGGCACGACGAUCCAGGAGGUCAUGAUGUCCACAACGAGUCCGAAACGCAUCACAUUGGACGUCUACGCCGAUGAAUUGGAUGUGGAGUUUCCCUCCACACCAGACGCCGCCACGACAAUCGCGUGGCGCGCCGCCUCGCAAGGAUUGGGUUUCUUCGAGUCCGAGAAUACUAGUAUAGACUUUGUGCUCUGCCAGGAGCUUUCUAGUACUUUGAAGAGGGCGGUCAAAUCGGUCGGAUAUGCGGCGACGCUCCAAGCGCCGUGGGCCGGUCAUGAACGAAAAUGGCGGCUGGGUGUACUUUGGUUGGCCGUUUGUAGGAAGUGUACGGAGUAUUUGAGAGAUGGUGCUUCAGAAAGAGACGACCUCGUCGCGAGGGUCGCGGAGGCGGCAGCCCAAGGUCUAAGAGGGAGACAGCCGGCUUUAUCCUUGUUACAUGCGGUCAUCGUGGCUCGGUUCGCGAACGCGUCGCACGAAGAAAAGCCGCAGAAGCUCUUGGGCGUGACGGUCGAGGGCGCGCGGACUUCGGUAGAGAUACGGGCGGGCAUGCUGACGGCGCCGUUGCAGGGCCCCGACUUCACGGGCUAUGACGCGGACCAGCAGAAGCAGCUCCAGACGUCUCUCGUGAGGACGGCCAAGGCCUUCUCGGUUAUAUCCGACGAUCAUGCUUCAUUCCUAAGGGAGAAAUUACAAAUGAACGCGUCGCACGACGACGAUCUGUGCAUGCGAGCUUUGCACGGGUUAGAUGACCCGAAAGUCACGCCCAUCAAAUACGAUGAUGAUGAGUUACUUAUAUCGAUCUUGGCUCAAGUGCCGUCGAAAUUACCGUGCUUCGAGGUCGUUCCUACGCAAGUGGUGGAAGCGCCGGAACCGGAGCCGGAACCAUCAAAGAAGAAGCGGAAGGCCAGAAGGCGACGACGGCGCGCGACGCCCGUCUCCGAGGACGACGAGGGCGACGAGGCCGCGUGCGCGGCGGCGGACUUGGCGCGGACGUCGAGCAAGGCCGACGCAUUAAUUGAGGCGGUCGACGCGUCGGUGGCGCGCUUCGACGGGUUGUCGGCGUCCGUGCGAGCUUUGGCGGACCGCCAGGCGGCCGAGGAGGCGUGCGCCGCGGCGCGCGCGGCGCUCGAUGCCGCGGAUUGUAUCGCCGCGGCGGCCGCGGCUCAAAAAGCGCUCGACGCGGCCGACGCGCGGGCCGCGGCGGCCGCCGCGAAGGCGGCGCGCGACGCCAUCGAGGCCAAACAAAGGGAGCUCGAGGCCGCCUCGGGCGAGUGGACGACGACGACCACCAAACGCGACCGCAAGGCCGAGCGCCGGGCCGCCGCCGAGCGCGAGCGCAAGGAAAAGGCGCGCCGCGCGGCGGAGGCGGCCGAUCGCGAGCGCGCCGCCGCCGCCGAGCGCGAGCGCGCCGCCGCGGCCGAGCGGGAGCGCGCCGCCGCCGCGGAACGCGCGGCCGCCGCGGAGCGCGAGCGCAUCGCCGCCGACGAGCGCGAGCGCCUGGAACGGGCGCGCCUCGCGGCGGAGGCCGCGGAGAAGGAGCGCGCCGCGGCGGAAAAGGCCGCGGCGGCGGCCGCCGCCGCCGAGCGCGUCGCGCGCGAGCGCGCCGCCGCGGAGGCCAAGGAGCGCGACCGCCGGGACCGGGCCGCGGCGGCCGAGGCCGCGGCGGCGGCGGCGGCCGCGACCGCGCCGCCGCCGCCCGCCGCGUCGCCUGUGAAGGGCCCGCCGGCGCCGAAGCCCGACGACCUGGCCGCCUUCCCGAAGAUGGCUGCAAGCAGCGCGAAGGCGAAGCCGGCGAAACCCGCCGCGCCGGCGAAGGCCGCCGCGGCACCGGCGAAACCCGCUUCGAAGCUGAACGCGAGCGCGGGCGAGUGGAAGCCGUCCUUUGUGCCUGCGCCGGCCGCGAAGCCCGCGAAGCCCGCGAAGGCGUCGGACUACGAGCCGCGACGGCCAGCGCCGGCGCGGGAGUCCGACUACGAGCCUGCGAAGGCGAACCGGCCAUCUCGCCGCGCGAACAAAAAAGGGGCCCGGCCGCCGGCCGUCGCGCCUUUGCCGGCGACCGCGCCGACGCCCGCCCGCCCGGCGUCGCCCGCAGCCGCAGCCGCGCCCGCGCGGGCCCGCCCGGCCUCUCCCGCGCUGCCAGCGAAGCCGGCCGCGGCGCCCGCGCUCGCCGGGCCCGCUGCUCCGGCGCCGGCGCCCGCUGCCGCUCCGGCGCCGGCGCCCGCCGCGGCGCCGGCCGCGGCACCUGCGCAGAAGUCGCUCUUCGACGCCAAGGAGGGCAACUGGGGCGACGACUCCGACUCCGACGACGCGCCGCGCGAGCGCGCCGAGCCCGCGUUUGAGGAGAAGCCCGCGGCGGAGCCCGCCGCCGAGAAGCCGGCGCGGUGGCCCCGAGCGCAAGCUCCUCGCAAGUCGCCGCGGGCCGCCAAGCCGGCGAAGUCCGCCGCGAAGCCGAAGCCGGGCGCGAAGCCCAAGCCGGCGCCCACGAAUCCGGCGGCCGCCACGGCGCCGACCAAAUCAGUCCCCCAAUUCAAGACGGCGAAACCACCACGGGGCAAGAAGAAGAAGUCCGACCCGGCCUUUGAUAGAGCCGGCUUCGAGAGGCGCGGCUUCGGCAUCUUUGAGGGCUAG